AUGGGUGCCCUCAAGUACGUGGAAGAGCUUCACAAGAAGAAGCAAUCCGAUGUCCUUCGAUUCCUUCUCCGAGUGCGCUGCUGGGAGCUCCGACAAUUGAAAGUCAUCCACCGCGCUUCCCGACCUUCUCGACCCGACAAGGCUCGCCGCCUGGGUUACAAGGCCAAGCAGGGCUAUGUCAUCUACCGCGUCCGUGUCCGACGUGGAGGUCGCAAGCGACCAGUGCCAAAGGGUGCUACUUAUGGCAAGCCUACCAACCAGGGUGUGAACCAACUCAAGUACCAGCGAUCGCUCAAGUCCACUGCUGAAGAGCGUGUCGGACGUCGCUGUGCCAACCUCCGAGUCCUCAACUCGUACUGGGUCAACCAAGACUCGACCUACAAAUACUACGAAGUCAUCCUUGUCGACCCUCAACACAAGGCCAUCCGCAAAGAUCCCCGGAUCAACUGGAUCGUCAACCCAGUUCACAAGCACCGCGAAAGCCGUGGCCUCACCGCAACCGGCAAGAAGUCUCGUGGCUUGGGCAAGGGUCACGGAUACAACAAGACCACCGCCGGAAGGAGAAAGACCUGGAAGAGACUCAACACCUUGUCGCUGUGGAGAUACCGAUAA